GACCAUCGUUAUCUGUGUUUCUCUCACUAAAAUGAAUCUCCUGAGCAUCGCUGCGGUUCUGGGACUCCUGGUGGGGACGUGGGCUCAGAUCAACGUCCUGCGCCCUGAAUGUGACUCACCUGAGGCAGAGGAGGCGGCUCUGGUGGCUCAGGAUUACCUCAACGCCCAGCACACUCAUGGCUACAAGUACGCACUGAACAGAAUCGAAGAUAUCAAGGUCUACGCACAGCCUGAUGGAAAUAACAUGUACGCCCUGGAAGUGGACCUGCUGGAGACAGACUGUCAUGUGUUGGACCCCACGCCUGUCGCCAACUGCACAGUCAGACCCAAAAUACUGACGGCUGUAGAAGGAGACUGUGAUGUGGUUCUGCAGAGGGUUGGCGGAGUCCUGACUGUCACAGCGUUCAAGUGUAAAACAGAGGAAUCCACAGAGGACCUCUGCUUGGGCUGUCCAACCCUCCUGCCCCUGAAUGACACCGCAGCGCUGGACUUUGUGCAGACCUCUCUGAAAACGUUCAACAAUAACACAGUCAACAUAACCUACGUUCUUCUGGAGGUUGGACGCAUGUCUUCACAGAUUGUGUCUGGCGGACCAGUCUAUAUAACAGAAUAUGUUGUUGUUGAGGCAAACUGCAUGGAUGAUAUCUGCGAACCAUUGAACGACACCAUGGCUGAACAUGGUAUUUGCACCGCCAAAGGCUUGAACGCUGAUCAUACAGUAGACUGCAAGAUGUUCUCCCAUAAAAUACCUGCUGUGCAAACCAACAGCACUACAGCUGCAGCUCCCAGGUUUCUCCAAAUGAUCCACGCAGAUGGAAAGCACGGUCUGAAACACCAUAAACUGACCACCCACCACAACCCCCUGCAGAGCACUCUCCUGUCUGAGUCUAAUGAGUCAGAUGAAGUGGUACCUGCUGCUGCUGGUCCAGUUCCAGUGGCAGAUCCUGCACCAGCGGCAGAUCCAGCACCAGCGGCAGAUCCUGCACCAGCGGCAGAUCCAGCACCAGCGGCAGAUCCUGCACCAGCAGCAGAUCCAGCACCAGCGGCUGAUCCUGCACCAGCAGCAGACCCUGCUCCAGUUCCUGACGAUACAUCGGCCUCAGAUGCAUCUCAAAGUGCUGAAGUCCCUGUGGUUGUUUUAAAGAGAGAUGUAUCUGCUGUAGCUGAACCUGUGGUUCUUGACACCCCUGCAGUUCUGUCAGGCCCUGUUCCUCUUAAACCAGUAUGUCCUGGACGGAUCAGAUUCUUUUAAAUAUUCAGGUCCUUCUUUAUGGGACACAAACUCUUUUAUGUUUGUUUCCAUCAUUGGCAAAAAAGUAACCUGUAUUUUCUUUGGUAAAAAGAUUUAAAGUCCCUAUGAAGUGGCUAACAGGGUGUAAUCUGCUUUUGCAUACUUAUGUGUCUUGUAAAAACUGGAAUCUAGGGAGACCACCAAUGUCUGGAAAGUCCAGUUUACUCUGAUGGGUCAAGUCCUCCACCCAUGGAGAGACAACAUAGAAUAAUCAAUAAAUUUAGGUGGUUCAUUAACAAAGCACCUAGCACUCAUUUUUCAAAUUACAUCUCUAAAACACCAUUAAGAAAAUCUACAAGAUUAUUUCUUGAUAGCUGGGCAGAUACUGGAGUAUAGAUGACAUGUAAUGGAAACACUUAACACUGAAUUUGAUUUCAUGGGGACAAUAAUACCAAGACACUGUAUGCUAAGAAGAAACUGCAAAUAAAAUGUAGUCACAGAAGAGCACUAUGUCUUGCAUAC